AUGGAUAUAUGGUACGGGUGUGUCCCGUUAAUGGAUAGAUGGCCGGGCUUAUACUCGAAGGAAGUUAGACGGAGUUGUGCGCACAGAGAUAGAAUACAACCGGAUGCAGAUAAAGGUUUGAUUUUGAAUAAAGAUUGGCGAAUAGAAGCAACUACUGUUGAAACAAUUUCCGAAUUGCAAGAUGUGCAGGAAAUGUUGUCCAAAGUGUGCUUUUCAGGAGUCAAAGAUAAGUGGGUGUGGGAGGCGGAUUCUGGUGGUGUGUUUUCUGUGGCGAGUGUUAAAAGACUUCUGCACUUGGGCCGUAAUCUACAGUCUAAUAACGAUAUGCGUUGGGUUUCAUGGGUUCCUAGUAAAGUGAACAUUCUAAUGUGGAGAAUUGAGAUGGAAAGGAUACCGACCCGUUUGGCUUUAGUUAAAAGAAACAUUGGAAUUCAGGAUACUUCAUGCCCCUUAUGUGAAGCUGAACCGGAAUCUGCAGGCCACCUGUUCGUGGAUUGUUGUUAUGCGUUUGGAGUUUGGCAAGCGAUAUGGAGUUGGUGCAGAAUUACGCAACCGGUUUUCAGUAAUAUAAAGGAGACGAUGCUGCUGCCAAGUCACGGGAAGCAAACCAAGUGGUACAAACGGAUCCUGCGUGGUAUUUUGAUGAUCGUUUAUUGGGCCAUAUGGAAAACAAGAAACAAAAAGGUAUUUGAAGGAUCUUCGUCUAAAGUUAUAGAGGUGGUUGCUCUAGUUAAAUCUAUGUCGUUUUUUUGGCUUAAAAAUCGCCCUAAUUUUAAAAACUUAGAGUGGAAGGAUUGGUUAGUUAAUCCGAUGUAUAUAUCGUAA